UCCAGCGAUGCAAUAAUUGUUAAGACAGUGAAAAAAAAAAGCUUAAAAAGAGGAAUUUUGAAGAUCUCUGGCUUCUCAAAUUAAGCCUUCAACUCUCUCUCUCUCUCUCUCCCUCUCUCCCUAAUUUUUUUUUUGAAGUUUGAAUUUUUGGAAUUAGAGAGAUUAUAUUCUAUGGGGAGUGGUUAUUUUGGGGAGAUGAAUAAUAUUGAAAAGAGGAGAAGUGGGUCGCCGGCGGCGGCGGGGGGGCGGAGAGGGCGGAAGGGAGGAGGCGGAGAGAAACCGAAGCAACCGCAGAGAGGGUUGGGAGUUGCUCAGUUGGAGAAGAUCAGAUUGCAUGGUGAAAUGGGCUGUGCUGCUUAUUCUCACUUCUAUCCAAAUCUCUCCGCCGGAGAUGAUAUGAGAAUGCAAACAACAACGCCUUCUAAUUUUUCUUACUCCUCAACUCAAUCAUCUUCUUCCUCUCCUAAUUCCUAUGGCUUCCAUCAAAACUUUAUGGGAAUGGGAGAAUAUGAAAGAGGAAGCUUUAGAUAUGGUGAUUCUCAACUAACAACAACUUCUUCUUUAAGAUGGGACCCAAGUAAUACAUUUCUGGAGACCCAACAUUUUGGGCAACCAAACAUGAGUGGACACCUUUUCAAUUCUCAUGUACAGGAUUCAAUAAUUCACAACAACAUGAACACAAAAUAUGGGAGUGAUUCAAUGGGAUCAAGCAGUCAGAAUUCUGAAUCAAGUGAGACUCAAGAGCUAGAUUUGGAGUUGAGAUUAUCAAUCUAAUUAAACUAAAGUUUGUGUUACAAAAUAUAAUCAACCAAGUUUCCUACCAUUAAUAUAUAAUCAAUCCAUAAUAUAAUCAUAAACUGCAUUUUAAUCCUAUUUGAUGAAUCAUAUCCCUCAUGUUUUUAGAAGUAGUUUCAAACAUCUCUUUAGUUUGUACAUUUUCAAAUCAUACCCUUUUAAUUGUCAAGUCAAGUGUAAUAAUAGAAUUGAUACAUUUAGCACU